AUGCCUGGCUGGGGAUCUCCCUACCGCUUGACCAGUCCAGAUGCCUGCCUGGUGAUCUCCCUACCGCUUGACCAGUCCAGAUGCCUGCCUGGACACGUUCAGGGCACGCCUGUAAAGCCACCAGUCCCUCACAGCCAGACUAGCAGCAAGAAGGCCAGCACUUCAGGACACGUUCAGGGCACGCCUGUAAAGCUACCAGUCCCUCACAGCCAGACUAGCAGCAAGAAGGCCAGUACUCCAGGACACGUUCAGGGCACGCCUGUAAAGCCACCAGUCCCUCACAGCCAGACUAGCAGCAAGAAGGCCAGUACUCCAGGACACGUUCAGGGCACGCCUGUAAAGCCACCAGUCCCUCACAGCCAGACUAGCAGCAAGAAGGCCAGUACUCCAGGACACGUUCAGGGCACGCCUGUAAAGCCACCAGUCCCUCACAGCCAGACUAGCAGCAAGAAGGCCAGUACUCCAGGACACGUUCAGGGCACGCCUGUAAAGCCACCAGUCCCUCACAGCCAGACUAGCAGCAAGAAGGCCAGUACUCCAGGACACGUUCAGGGCACGUCUGUAAAGCCACCAGUCUCUCACAGCCAGACUAGCAGCAAGAAGGCCAGUACUCCAGGACACGUUCAGGGCACGUCUGUAAAGCCACCAGUCUCUCACAGCCAGACUAGCAGCAAGAAGGCUAGCCCGUCAGGACACGUUCAGGGCACGUCUGUAAAGCCACCAGUCCCUCACAGCCAGACUAGCAGCAAGAAGGCCAGUACUCCAGGACACGUUCAGGGCACGUCUGUAAAGCCACCAGUCUCUCACAGCCAGACUAGCAGCAAGAAGGCCAGUACUCCAGGACACGUUCAGGGCACGUCUGUAAAGCCACCAGUCUCUCACAGCCAGACUAGCAGCAAGAAGGCCAGUACUCCAGGACACGUUCAGGGCACGUCUGUAAAGCCACCAGUCUCCCACAGCCAGACUAGCAGCAAGAAGGCCAGUACUCCAGGACACGUUCAGGGCACGUCUGUAAAGCCACCAGUCUCUCACAGCCAGACUAGCAGCAAGAGGGCUAGCCCGUCAGGACACGUUCAGGGCACGCCUGUAAAGCCACCAGUCCCUCACAGCCAGACUAGCAGCAAGAAGGCCAGUACUCCAGGACACGUUCAGGGCACGUCUGUAAAGCCACCAGUCCCUCACAGCCAGACUAGCAGCAAGAAGGCUAGCCCGUCAGGACACGUUCAGGGCACGCCUGUAAAGCCACCAGUCCCUCACAGCCAGACUAGCAGCAAGAAGGCCAGUACUCCAGGACACGUUCAGGGCACGCCUGUAAAGCCACCAGUCCCUCACAGCCAGACUAGCAGCAAGAAGGCCAGUACUCCAGGACACGUUCAGGGCACGCCUGUAAAGCCACCAGUCCCUCACAGCCAGACUAGCAGCAAGAAGGCCAGUACUCCAGGACACGUUCAGGGCACGCCUGUAAAGCCACCAGUCCCUCACAGCCAGACUAGCAGCAAGAAGGCCAGUACUCCAGGACACGUUCAGGGCACGCCUGUAAAGCGACCAGUCCCUCACAGCCAGACUAGCAGCAAGAAGGCCAGUACUCCAGGACACGUUCAGGGCACGCCUGUAAAACCACCAGUCCCUCACAGCCAGACUAGCAGCAAGAAGGCCAGUACUCCAGGACACGUUCAGGGCACGUCUGUAAAGCCACCAGUCUCUGCUACGUUUUAUGAUCCAUGUGUGUGUGGAACUAGACGUAUUAAGAUGUACUGGAAAACCAAGAAGCAGUUGUGA